GUUGCAUGCAUUUUAAGUAUUUAAGUAGUUAAACAUAAGAGACAUUAUUAAAGAGUAUUAACAGCUACAUGAUCUUGUGAGGUCAAUCUCUGGACCUUUAGGCUUUUUAUUGAAGUCCUCAUGAGGCUAACAGAAAAUGACAUGCUAGUGCGGACCGCAUUUGCUUCCUCGAAAGGUUCGUGUAGGCAAAAUGACAUCAUUUCUUGUGUAUGCAUGUAUUUUGCACAACUGCACUACACCUAGUGUAUCACACGAAAAGUCUUGUUAAACUAUUAUACCACAAGAUAAAAAAACUGUGGGUAACUCAAUGCCUCCACCUCCUUCUCAUUACAGUAUAUAUAACAGUGUUUUCUCAGUGAGAUCUCUCAGAUUCUCAUCUUCAUCAUGACCGUCAUCUCUCUGCUCCUGUUGGGCUCUCUGCUGCCACACCUGAGCUCCUCUGCCAGUGUGAAUGUAGGAAUAGUAAAUGGCACUGAAGCACGACCUCACUCCAGACCUUACAUGGUUUCUGUUCAGCAGUACAGGUCGCAUAAGUGUGGAGGAUUCCUCAUCUCUGAUCAGUUUGUCAUGACUGCUGCACAUUGCAGAAACACCACCGAGACUCUGACGGUUGUGGCAGGUGCACAUGACUUAAGAAAUAAAAAUGAAAAAUCAGUCCGUAUUGGUGUGAGCUCUUAUGAGAAGCAUCCGUCCUACAAGCCAGUUCCAGAGUUACAAGGGGACAUUAUGAUUCUGAAGCUAGAGAAAAAAGUCCAACUAAAUAGCAACAUUAAGACGAUCCUCAUUCCAACAACACCAGAGGAGAUCAAAAAGGGUACUGACUGCAGCGUUGCAGGCUGGGGGCGUCUGGAGACUAAUGGUGCACCGAGUCCUAAACUUAUGGAGGCAGACGUGAGGAUUAUGAGUGAAGCGGUCUGUGCAAGUCGAUGGGGCCACUUGUAUGUAGCUUCACAGAUGAUGUGUACACAUGGCCAGGGAGGAUCCUGUGACGGGGAUUCAGGGGGUCCAUUGGUUUGUGGCAACACUGCAGUGGGUGUAACAUCCUUCGGUUCCAUUAACAACUGCAAUGAUCCUGAUCUACCUGAAGUUUAUACUGAAAUUUCAGCAUUUCUUCCAUGGAUCCAUAAUGUAACUAGAAGAGCUAAUUGACCUCUGCAUAAACAAAUUGUUUUUCAUUUCUCAAAAAUGACCCCUGUUUAGCAUACUUUAAUCUGCUGUAGCCUAAGUACAAUUACAAACGGUACAACUACUGUAAAUGUGUUUCUUCCAAUUGUGUUACAGUGGUAGUAUGGGAGUGUUUAAUUGUUUAAU